AUGGAAUGUGUCAAUGGAGGAAAUGGAUCUGAUGACUCCCCUGUGUCUGGGGGUCAGAACUUUCAGAAUUUUCAAGCUAAUCCUAAAGGCGCUGCUGCAACUCCGAGGUCCUUUCGGGACUUGUUAAGAGACACUCAAAUAGCCAACCAGAGUGCUAAUGAGGUUUGUGCUAAUGAGGUUUGUAUUGAGUUGGAUGAUGAGGAAGAAGUCUCGGAUGAUGAUGAAGCACCAGAAGGUAUAGUGGACUCUGAGCGAUGCCCUGUAAUUCUGCUAACAAAAGAGGAGAAGAAAGCAAUGCGAAGGCCUUGGCGGAACACUCUUAUAAUAAGAAUGUUCGAUGGAAGCCUUGGAUACAUGGGUUUGAUGAAAAAACUCAAGAGAAAAUGGCAAUUAAAAGGAGAUAUGAACCUCACUGACAUUGGUUCUAAAUAUUUCAUUGCAAGGUUUUCCAAUGCAGAUGAUUACAAUUAUGUCUUGACCCAAGGUCCUUGGCUAAUUGAUGACAAAUAUCUCACAAUUAGGAAAUGGACGCCAAAUUUCAUCCCUAAGGAGGCAUCUAUCAGUGUUUUGACUGUUUGGGUUAGAAUACCGAAUCUGAGUGUUGAGUAUUUUGACAAGGAAUUUUUGAAAAAAAUUGGUUCUAAGAUUGGGAAGGUAGUCCGAGUGGAUAAAUCCACAGCUUCUGCUGAGAGAGGUCACUUCACUCGGCUGAGUGUAGAAAUCGACCUUGCCAAACCUUUACUAGCAAAGUUCUGGCUAAAAGGAAAGAUAUGGAGAAUUCAAUACGAAGGAAUAAAGAUGGUUUGCUACAAGUGUGUAAGAAUGGGUCAUGAUGCAGAUCAAUGUGCACCUACCACUUCGAUUGACAACAUGGUGGUGGAUGAGGGGAACAAGCAGCUUGACAAUACUGCCUGUGAAGUGCCUGCCCCCCCUCCAGUGAUUAGACCGGAGGAAAAAGAUGAGUAUGGUGAUUGGAUGUUAGUCAAGAAGCCUGGCCGGAGAAAAAUUUCCAAACCGGAUAAAGCAGGGCAAAACACUAGCAAGGGUAUCAAUGGAAUUUCAAUGGAGCAAGGUCAACGCAAAGAUACUGCAACCGAGAAUAAUGGCAAGAUUAGUGGAGGAUCUCGGUUUACAGCGCUCAAUGUGGAGGUCUCUCAAGAAGAUAUAGAAAGAGCAAAUAAUAAGGAAGUUGUUAACAAUAAUGAGAUUAAGAAUCCGGAUGAUGAAUUCUCUGAAAAAAGAUCUCCAACUCAGCAAGAUAAGUAUAUGGUGAAUAAACAAGUAACCCAUAAGCUUAUUAGCCUCGGCAAAGAAAACCAACAGCCUAGUAUCGCGUCCUACAAAAAACAAAUCCCUGAAGAAGCAACCCAAGAAGAACCACAAGAAGUUGUUAAUGAUGCAGCACCAAAGUCCACCACUAAUGCUUCCCCCAAUGCCGAAUGUGAUCAAAUUAUCAAUUCCCCCGGAGAAGACACUAUGUGUUGGACAACCAAUGGAGAUGCCCUAUUUGGGCAUAGCAAACCCCCUGAUACAUGUGAUGGAGGUGAACAUCGAGUCUUGGGAGGAACCAAGCCCGGAACCGAUGGAACAAAAGAUAGCAUUCCUAAUCUAGCUCCUAAUAGCUCUCCCAUAACUUGUAUGGUAUGGAACGUACAAGGGGCAGGUAGUAAAGAAUUUAUCUAUGCUUUGAAAGAAGUAAUAAAGGUUAAUAAGCCUAAUGUUUUCGCUUUGGUUGAAACUCAUAUGGGGGGACAACAAGCGGAAAAAAUAGCCUCAAUUCUUGGUUAUACAGGGCAUACGAGAGUGGAUGCUCAUGGUUUUAGUGGUGGAAUAUGGGUAUACUGGAAAUCAGAACUAGUAUCAGUUGAGCCUAUAGUUAAACAUAGACAAUAUAUUACAAUGGAUAUUAAAAGAGUGGUGAGACCCCAUGGUACUUCACUGCGGUUUAUGCUAGUCCGGACCCGACCAAACGUAAUGAAUUAUGGCAAGAAUUACAAAAUUUUGCUAAUCAACAUAGUAAACCCUGGCUAUUAG